GCCCGCUGCGCAUCUCCCAGAAGGUCAGUGUCCACAAACGGUCCAAACUUUUUAUUUUACGUUUGUUUUUCGUUGAUGUAGAUUUAAUUUACCCAGUAUAUCCAUCUGAUGAAAUCAGAUUUUUUUUUGAAUUUUUGAAAAAUGAUUUCAUAAUCAUUUUGUUGCUUUAGUUGGGUGUGUCGAUCGGGACACUCACGAGUUUAAGCCCGGGGGCACCGAUGCAAUACAUGACGGACUUGGGGUGAUAGCUUCUUUUGAAUUUUUAUUAUACAUUGAUCAAGUCCCGUUAUUCUUUCCCGAGUCCGGGAGCAAGUUUCAUAGACUUUUAUUUUACGUUCUGCUGUUGUUCAACCCGCUCUUUUGUUUUUGAACCAUGGUUUUAGACAAAGUUUAUUUACAUUAGAUACGCUUUGAUUUAAAUCUUCAAGGGAAAUAUUUGAGCUCGCUAGUGUGAAAUAAAUAUUGAAACCUUUUUAGGAAAAAUAAAAUACUUACGGAACCCGAAGCAAAAAUGACAAUUUCCUUGUUGAAGCCAAUAGUUGCCUGUGUGCUAAUAAUAACCUUUAGCUUUGAAUCAUCAACUGUUUCCGGUGAUUCAUUGGGUUCAUGUGAAGGACUCAGAGUUGACAGGCUGGAAAAAGGUGAAUUUAUGACAGCCAGCAAAUGCAUUUCAUUAUUUGGCACAUGCUGCGGUACCGAACCUGCCAUUGACAAAGCUAACGAAGACCCAAGAAAGAUGAAAUCCAGUGCUCUGUGCUACACUUGCUAUAACAGCAACAUCAGCGUAAAAUGCACCGACGAUUUGUUGAAAACUGAAGACAGUCUAGGGGCUGAAUCCUGCCAGAGGCUUGGCGGUGUAUGCUGUGAUGCAACGUCGAACGGUGGUUCGGCUUUUAAUGCUGAAGAAUAUUUGUAUAAUCAUGGAUCACAAGCGUGCAAUUAUUGCUACAGCGGAAUUCCUCAAGUUAGCGGCUGAGACAAAAAAAUUUAUUUAUGGCGAUUUAUUUAUGCAUUUCUUGAGAUAUUUAAUUCAGUAAUAUUUAUUUAAAGAUUUAAAUAAAUUUAUAACGCAAUGUU